GCUUCACAAUGAAUGAGGGCCAUCAGCGUUGACGGAGCGCUGUGCUGAAGUCAUUUACUUGCUUUCGGAGAAAAACGAAUUAGCUGCAACUCACUAGCUCGGAAUAACGAUGUCAGAACUAUGGAGACUGUCAUUUUGCAUGUCAUUUCUUUCCCUGGCGAUCGCAAACUCCUCCUCAGUCAGUCAUCAGAUCACCGGGUCUCCUCUGAUGUCUCAUGAUCUCAUCCAUCCUCUACAAAGCAGGAGCAAACCGCAGAGACAGCGACAUCACAGCAACUCAACGAGAAUACAGAUAGAUUUAAAAGGGCCCAACGUUUGCGGCUCCAGGUGCUGUCAUUCAUGGCUGGUCAACCCCAAGACCAAGCAGUGCACAAAACCCAGAUGUCAUCCGCGCUGCCAUAAUAAAGCAGUCUGUCGCCGGGCGAACGUCUGUCAGUGUCGUCCAGGCUUCCACGGCCAUCGCUGUGAACAUGCUGACGUCAACCCGACCCCCGGCACCUGGUCUGAGGCACAGCAGGGUCCCGUCGAACACUCGUACGGCGCCACCACGGCAACGGUUACCACGGCGACGCCUGCAUCCACAACCCCCCACCCCGACAUCUCCACAUCUGCAUCCAGCCCAGAUCCAAGAAAGACACACUCAUUACGCUGGCAACCGCACAGCUUAAAGGAGGCCGAGUCGGUCCUGUUGAAGAGAGCACUGUCCAGUGGAACUGGUGGAGAGAAGAUCACUAGUGUUAUACUGAAAUACAUUGAAUCAGAGCGAAGAAGACUGGAGUCUUCAUCCUCUACUGGAGAAACCAAACUGUCCAGCACCAAAACCUUCCACACUCAGCGUGGCCAAUACACACUCCUUUACACUGCAGCCGUCGCUCAGCACUCCUCGUCCUCGCUCGCCCACGGGGGUCCCGAGCGGAUUAAAGUGCUCUUCACCCCCACCGUCUGCCGGCUGCGCUGCGCACAGGGACGCUGCACCAACUACUGCGAGCGCGGGAACAUCACCACCAUCUACAACAGCGAGCAGGGAGGACAGACGCCGCCGGGGUCCGGAUUCAGAGUGUUCUUGUGUCCGAUGCUGUGUAAGAACGGAGGAGUGUGUGUACAGAAGGAUCAAUGUCUCUGCCCGCCAAACUUCACGGGGAAGUUCUGCCACAUCCCCGUCCAAACCUCCUCCUUCACCAAUCACAUCGAGAAACCAGCGGGAAGAGCUGUGGAUUCGGCCAAUCAGCCGAUGACGUCUGAGUACAUCCUGCCGCUCCAGACGCCGGAGCUGACCAACACCAAUGCGUCCCCCAUGGUGAAGGUUCGAGUCCAACACCCUCCCGAGGCGAGUGUGAAGAUCCACCAGGUGCUGAAGGUGGGUUACGGGCCGGCGGGACACGAGCGCUCGGAGACCGUCACCUGGUCCGCGGGGCUUUCCGGAGCUCGCCCGAGACACCUUCAGCUUCCCGGAGAGAAAGCGGAGGCGCCGGCGCCGCAGGUCCAGGCCCAGACCCUCCGCGGGGACUCCGUCUACACCGAGGCGUCCGGCUUCAAAUACUGCUUCAGGGAAGUGCGGAACGGACAGUGCAGUUCUCCGUUACCCGGCCUGCGGAGUCAGGAGAUGUGUUGCAGAGGACUCGGGAAAGCCUGGGGGAUCAGCGAGUGCACACUCUGCCCAGCGCUCUCAGGAAACACCGUGAACGGACAGGGCGUCUGCCCCAAAGGCUUCGAGCGGGUCAACGGGACGCAGUGUGUGGAUAUUAACGAGUGUUUGCAGCCGGGUUUCUGUGAAAACGGGAACUGUGUAAACACCCGAGGGAGCUACAGUUGUGUCUGCAAAGAGGGCUACUUACUGGACGCCUCUCAUGGGAUCUGCAUCUCGCAGAAGGUGAUCUCGGAGGAGAAGGACCAGUGUUUCCGUAUCCUGAACCAGGGCUCCUGUUCUCUUCCCAUCUUGAGGAACAUCACAAAGCAGAUCUGCUGCUGCAGUCGAGUGGGAAAAGCCUGGGGGAAGAAGUGCCAGUUAUGCCCUUUCUUCGGCUCAGCUGCCUUCAAGGAGAUCUGUCCUGCUGGACCGGGUUACCAUUACUCGGCUUCGGCUGUCAAGUUUAACCAGAGACUAGCCGAGGUGCUUGACACCGGCGGGCCGCCCUUGGUCUCUGAAAAUGGUCGUACAUCCUCACAGGGCAUAGGAUCCCAACCUGAAAGCUCACUGUCAACCAGAAUCCAACAACCGACCAACACGCAAACCAUCAGAGUCCAACAACCCUCCAUCUCUCUGUCCACGAGACCACAGAAACCCAACGCGGGUCCACAGACCGGCACGGUCAUCACUAUAACUCAACCCAAUCCAAACCUGUCCACUGGUGGCGGCUCUCAAACCACAAACACCAGAUUUCAGCCCUCCGGUGUUCGUCCCGGGAACGCCGCCUCAACCAACCAGCCGGCCAGAGCCAACACGCCUGUUGUCCGUACGCAAACCAGCCGGCCCUCGGUUAACAGACAGCCAGUUUCUCCAGUCAGACCUCCUGUGCCGACAGCCCGACCACUGCUGACUCGACAAGAUGCCCGAGCGUGUGAAUUGCGACCUCAGGUGUGCGGGUCGGGUCGCUGUAUUGACCUGCCAGGCGGCAAACACACGUGUGUGUGUAACACGGGAUAUAUACUCAAUCCUCAGCUAGGCCAAUGCCAAGACAGAAACGAGUGUCUCUUGACGCCCAGGCCGUGCUCUGUGGGACAGUGUGAGAAUACGGCGGGCAGCUUCCGUUGUGUUUGUCCAUCGGGAUACCAGACCAACUCCCAGCAGACCCUGUGUGUCGAUUUCGAUGAGUGCCGUCAGGUUCCCAAUCCCUGUAUUAACGGCCGCUGUGAAAACACUCUGGGCAGCUUCAGGUGUGUGUGCAGAACUGGAUAUAAGCUACAGGAGAACAGCUGCAUAGACAUAGAUGAGUGUGUUGACCCGCUCCGGUGUUCGGGUCAGGAGUGUGUGAACUCUCAAGGCUCAUAUAGGUGUGUUUCCUGUAAGCCUGGCUUUGAUCUGCUCAAUGGACUAUGCUCAGAUAUUGAUGAAUGUCGCCGGACCCCGUCCCCGUGUCCCGACGGCCGCUGUGAAAACACACCCGGCAGCUACAGAUGCGCAUGUCGAAAUGGAUACAGAUUGCAGGCCAACACCUGUGUGGACGUGAACGAGUGUGAGGACCCAUUGCAGUGUCCGGGACAGGAGUGUGUGAAUUCUCUGGGAUCUUAUAGGUGUGUGUCGUGCAGACCUGGAUUUAGCUUUAAAAAUGGAGCAUGCUCAGAUAUUGACGAAUGCCGUCAGACGCCGUCUCCUUGCUCGAACGGACUGUGUGAAAACACACCUGGCAGCUUCAGGUGUGUGUGCGGAGCUGGCUUCAGAUUGCAGGGCGGCACCUGCACAGAUGUGAAUGAGUGUGAAGAUCCAUUGCAGUGUCCCGGACAGGAGUGUGUGAACUCUCAGGGAUCGUAUUGGUGUGUGUCGUGCAGACCUGGAUUUAGUCUUAAAAAUGGAGCAUGCUCAGAUAUCGACGAGUGUCGCCAGACUCCUGGGCUGUGUGUGAACGGCCGCUGUGAGAAUAACGUGGGAAGUUUCAGCUGUUUGUGUCCCCCUGGAUUCAGACUGGAGGGAAACAUCUGCGAAGAUGUGAACGAGUGUGAAAAUGAGCUUCAGUGCCCAGGAAGGGAGUGUGUGAACUCGGUCGGUUCCUUCAAGUGUGUCUCCUGUCAGCCGGGCUUUGAGCUUCUUGACGGACACUGCCAAGACACAGAUGAAUGCAGUCUGGACCGGACGCGCUGCACUAAUGGCCAGUGUAGAAACACUCCCGGCAGCUUCAGGUGUGUGUGUGCCGUGGGCUUCCAGCUACAGGACAGCGCUUGCACAGACAUUGACGAGUGUUUGGACACACUGCAGUGUCCCGGUCAGCAGUGCCUGAACUCUCCGGGCUCGUAUAAGUGUGUUCCCUGCCGAGACGGGCACAGCAUGCAGGACGGACGCUGCGCAGACAUCGAUGAGUGUGCGGGUCCUCGCGUGUGUGGGCCGGAGAGUGUGUGUGUGAACACGGACGGGUCGUAUCGCUGCGACUGCUUGCCAGGGUACAGAUCGGCCGGUCCACGGCGCCAGUGUCGAGACAUUAACGAGUGUCUGGAAGGAGACUUCUGCUUCCCGAGCGGAGAGUGUGUGAACACAGACGGCUCCUUUAAGUGUGUGUGUGCGAACGGCUACACGAGCGCCGUUAACGCGACGUCCUGCCAAGAUGUGGACGAGUGCAGUCAAGAGGGAGUUUGCCAGGACGGCCGCUGCACCAACACUGAGGGGUCGUUCCUGUGCCACUGCCAGACCGGCUUCACCACCAGCCCAGAGAGAACCGCCUGUCUGGAUGUGAACGAGUGUUUGGACUCAGAGAGGAGUGUGUGUGGAUCUCAGCGCUGCGAGAACACCAUCGGCUCGUUCCACUGUGUGGCGUCCUGCGAGCCCGGAUACCACAUCACUGCCACAGGAGAGUGUGUGGACAUCAACGAGUGCACCAAUGAGACGGUGUGUGGACUCCACGCUUUCUGCCAGAAUCUGAUCGGCACAUAUCAGUGUCUGUGUGACCAGGGCUACGAGUCCACCGGCGAUGGACAGAUGUGUGUGGACAUAAACGAGUGUGAGACGAUGCAGGGCGUCUGCGGAUCUGCACACUGCUGGAAUGUGGAGGGAUCAGUCGUGUGCGAGUGUGAGAACGGACAGGAGGAAUUCGACCCGCUCGCGAAGCAGUGUGUGAGCAGAGAGAGCACAGGUCGCACGAGGCCGUCUGGCGCAGCCUCGUCGGGUCGUGGUUCGGCUGGCUCCUCGGGGUCCGUGUCUGGCUCUCUUCCACAAUCUCGACCCGGAGAAAUGAAGGAGUGUUACUACGGCGUGUCCGAGCCGUACUCCUGCAAGAUACUGUCCCGCAACACCACCCUGCAGGAGUGCUGCUGUACGGCGGGCCAGGGCUGGGGCCUCCUGUGCCAAUACGACAUCUGUCCGCAAGCUGGAACAGCCGAAUACCAAUCGCUGUGUCCCAGUGGAAAAGGGUACGUUACCAUGGAAACGGGAGCAUUCAGCUACAAGGAUGUGGACGAGUGUAAGCUGUUCGAUCCGGAGAUAUGUAAAGGCGGUGUGUGUGUGAACAACAUUCCCGGCUACGCCUGUUACUGUCCCAGCGGGUUCUACUACGACACGGAUCUGCUGGAGUGCAUCGAUCAUGAUGAAUGUCAGAGUGAGGACACCUGCACGGGUGGAGUGUGUGUGAAUACACUGGGGAUGUUUUACUGCACGUGUGAGCCGCCGCUAGUGCUGGAUGACACUCGGCGCAACUGUGUCAACGCUAGUGGCCUCGCGGAGGACGAGAACUUAAACUUCUGUUGGCGUCACGUCACGGCUAGUCUAGUGUGUCAGAGUCCUCUGUUAGGAUCUCAGCUGACCUUUACCGAGUGCUGUUGUUUGGUUGGUGAGGCUUGGGGUCUGCAGUGUGCCCUCUGCCCCCGCAGAGAUGAAGAGGCGUACGAGGCCCUGUGUAACGAGCUGGGUCCUCCUCCUCAGUCCCCGCGUUAUUAUGAGCGCUUCGGCCCGGGAGGAGGAGGGUUCCUGCCACCGUACGCGUACCCCGAAGCCCAGCCGGGACGCCCCGACUACAUGCCCACUGAUUACGAGGACUACAGCCCAGCGGGAGCCGGUAGGAGGAGGUCUGGGCUGAGAGAAAGACCCCCCACUUCCUACGGGCUCCCAGACGCCCCCUACAGGCCCGCGGGUGGAAGUCGUUAUUAUGAGGAGGAUGAUUAUGAGAGCGCUCCCGGCCCUCCCUUCGGCCUCCCGGACCCUCGCGGUGAGCGAACGUUUGAUGCCCGACCCCUGCCGCCCCGUCCCGACGGGCGUCCACUGAGUCUGGCUCCUCUUCCCGAAAACUCCCGGUACCACGAGGCCGAGGGGGAGGAGUCAUGGAGAGCCCCGCCCCCUUUCCCAAUGUUCCCUGACAGGCGGGAGGGGCCACGAAGAGUCUAUGAGCGGAGAUAUGACUCAUAUGGCAGCCUGAGUUCAGAGGAUUGUGGGAUCGUCCAGGGCUGUGACAACGGCCGCUGUAUCCGUGUCGAGGAGGGCUACACCUGUGACUGUUACGACGGAUAUCAGCUCGACAUCACGACCAUGACAUGCAUAGAUGUGGAUGAGUGUGAGGAGGAAGACACACUCGACUGCAUUAACGCCCGCUGCGUGAACACCGAGGGCUCGUACAGGUGUGUGUGUCUCAGGGGUUUCAUCAUGUCUCGAAGACCCAACCACUGCAUCCUCGCCUGAUCGGUGUAAACGCUGGACUUAGAGACUUUUCCCGCCACAUUGCUGUAAAUUGUUUAUUUUAUGACUUUAUUGACAAUACCUGUGUGUAUAUCCAAAAGUCUAAUACGUGUUACACACACAAGACUCAAUGAUGUUGUACUAAAACGGAAAAACGAUAUGCUAAAUGUACAUGACCUGGUCUUUUUCAUUGUUUGGACUCGAACGCAAGCCAGAAGUCUGUCACAUUUUAAUUCUUCAUAUUUAUACAUCCAUAUCAAUGAAGGCAACUCCAUGUAUACUAUAUAUGAAUCUAUUUACAUGAAUUAUUUUUUGUCAUAGAAUCUCACCAUGUUACUAUUUGAUACUGUAAAAUCUUUUCUUCUGCCGUUUGUUUUCUUCUGUCCGUCACGCAACACAAUGCACUGUAUCUGUGGGGUUUCACACAACUGCUAUUGUACAGUUUUAACACGUCUCAGAUGUUUGUUACAUAUUUUUAUGUGUACGUUUUUGAUAUCUUCUGUGAUGAAGCUGUUUGAAAAUAUAUUUGCACACAUUUUCCUUUUUAA